CAACUUGUUAAUUUCAACAAGUACAGAUCAUUAAAAAUCAAAAUAAUCCAACGAAAAAUAUAAUCCUUGUGUCUGGAUCAUGGAGGAAGAAAAAAAGCAUGUGCUCGACUGGUUUCGUAGAAUCGGAGGCACCACCCCCAACCAGGUGUCGCCGCAAAAACCCUUUAAGAAAACGAGCUUCCACAAGUGCGUCGACAGCUCCGUCAAGUACCGCAACAUGGGCAACAAGGUGUUCAGGGAGCCCAGACACGACGCCAAGUCGCACAUGCAAAUCUGGAGGUUUUACUCUUACAGCAUAGCCCAUGCUCCUCCGGGCUCCGAUCAUCUGGCUCUUGGCUAUGCAAACAGAUCUGCCCUUUUGCUGCACCUUAGAAAAUUCGAGGAGUGCAUCAGAGAUGUCGAUAGGACCUUGAAAAUAACCAAGUGUUGCGAACUCAAGGCUAAGCUGCUGUGCAGAAAGACCGAGUGUCUGGUUGCCUUGCAAGACGGAAAGCAGAGAAGUGCGUUUGAGAAAGCCAAGUAUUGGUUCAACAAAGUUGAAGAGGCCAGAGAUAUGAAGUUACUGGUGGACAAGAUGAAGAAGGCAGAAAAAUUGUUGGAAGUUAACGAGGGAGAUUUCGACGUUAGGAGGAAGGAAAAGUCUGACAUUGAUUGUAAAAACGAUGCGAUGAGUAUUAGUUACAACGAGAAGUAUGGCCGGCAUUUGAUUGCCAAGCGCGACAUUCGUCCCGGAGAAUUCGUCUGCGUGGACAAGUUUUAUGUGGCGAGCGCCAACGGCAACAAAAAUUUUGCUUACUGCCAUCAUUGUCUGGCCGUCUCUUGGGCAACUGUCUCGUGCGAUCGUUGUGCUCACGCAAUGUAUUGCAGCGAAACGUGCAAACAAGAGGCUUGGGACAAAUAUCAUGACAUCGAGUGCACGUUGAACAUGGGUGUUUACUCUUAUGAAAAUAACAUCAUACAGAUGAGCAUUAGAGCUUUGAUUAUGGGUUACAGGGAAGUCGGCAAUAUGAAGGGCUUUAAGAAAAUGGUAGACGACGCGUUAAAAUCCACAGAUGAGGAAACUAAAAGUUUUUCGGACAACGGGACGUUUGACGGCAAUAGUUUCAAAUGCUUCCUUGGUUUGAGUCACUUUAAAGAAUUGGAUGACGAUAAAAUUCGAAUGGCCAUGAGUGCGUUGCUCACAUUGCACAACAACAAGAGCGAGCGUGGAAGAGUAUUUGUUCUCAAUGCAUCCAAGAGAUUCAUAGAUCAGAAAAAUGCCAUUUUCAUCUCUUCCCUACUUCUACGACUCAUUUCGAUAUUUCUGGUCAAUAGUUUUAAUGUCAGGGAAGAUUCAGUUGAAUGUAGAAAGAAACGGCAAUCGGUUGACUGCAUUCUCAAAGUCUGUUGCUCGAGGGGACUGAGCUGUUCUUUUCUUCCAAGUUUUUUUAAUCACAGCUGCGAUUACAGCGUAAGCAGAUUCUACACUAAUGAUGGAAAAGUCGUGUAUUAUGCUGUCCAACCUAUAAAAAAGGGUGCACAGAUUUUUACAUCUUAUUACUGUAACUACAUAACAGAGGCUCUUCCAGCCAGAAGACAUUUUUUACGUCUAAUGUUCGAAGUGAAUUGCGAUUGUCUUGCGUGCAAAAAAAAAUGGCCCCAUUCCGAAGUCAUGAUGUCUAAGGUGCUUCAAUCGCCUCCUAGUCAAGGUUUAUCAAUGUUGUUUGAUAACGUAGAAUUUCUCGCCAACUUUGGAAAAAGAGAUCACAGAUAUAGUCAAAAAAAGAUUGAAAAUAUAGCAAAAAAGGUAGAAGUUGCCCUACAGUCGGACAUUAAGCCUUCAUUUACCAUUCAAUCAUUUAUUCACGUACUUGUAAGAAUGAUGGAUGUACGUUAUGGUACUAUAUUAAGAAUACCUAACAAAUGUAGGAAAGAAUAAUAAUCAAGACAAAUCAAAAAACGAUUUUCUAUGUUGACUGCUACUGUUAAAAUUAUUUUUUUGCAGCCAAUCAAAAUUGACAUAGAUCACGUGAGUAAAACUAUUUAUGUACAAGAAAAAAGUAUGCGUAUUUUGUAGCUUGAACAAAACAAAAAUGUGACAAUUUGGUACGAAUAACAAUAUUCUGAUCAUAUAAAAUA